AUGCGACAUUUGCUACUGAGCUUGGUGGCGGCCUCCCACCGCCGGGUGCAGCUGCCGCAGCUGGGGGUGGCGCGGCAGCUGGUAGCGCUGCUGGCGCAGCAGGGGGUGCGGCAGGUGCGGGCGGUGGUGCAGGAGGUGGCGGAGCUGGGGGUGGAGGCGCUGGAGGAGGCGGGGCUGGAGGGGGUGCCGGCGGAGCCGGCGGUGGUGCCGGCGGCUCUGGAAGCUCCGGCGGCGCUGGGGGCGCUGCAGAUUCAGGCUCCGCAGGAGGUCGCGCAAUCCGCGCAGUUCGAGGGCGCCGUGCAACGGGCUUUGGCGUACCUCGCCAACGUCGGUGCAGGCGCUGUUGAGCUGAUUAUCGGCUGCUUGGUCGGGAGACGGCUAACUGCGUCGAGUACAAUCGAUGUUUGCUUCAAGGUCCAGUCGGACAGCCGGGAAGUCAGCGAGGAAAUCUGCAAACGGCUCAGCUACGUCCAAAGACGGGACGUGCAGUACGCCAUCGCAUCUGAGCUUUUGAACUCAGACGUCCAGCCUGAUCAAGUGCAUGUAGUCUACUACCGGGCGAAUCGCAACCCGGAAGCACCUGCAAAUCCAAACCUUGGACGGCCAACAGAUCCGUCUGCCCGCCGGUGGAAGGUGCGUUUAACUUCCACGGGCGAGAUCAAGUCCGUGAAGCCAGAAAACCUGGCCAUGGAAGAAGAGCUCAUUACGAAUGUCCCGAGCAAAGGGAGCACGAAUGGCGCCUCGAAAGAGGAGUCUUUGGCUGCCAUGGAGACCUUGGAUGGAGCUCCUGUCUCGGCCGAUGAGCUGGCGGCGGCCAUAGCGGCCGAGGCUGCGGAGCAGGCUGCACGCCGGGCGCUGUCUGUGCCACUGCUCAGGCAAAGAGCUUCGAGAUGGCGUGAAGUAGCUUGA